AUGGAAUUUGUAAAUGAUGUGAUAGUCGACAAGCUGUUCGAUACAGUUGAAUCAGUCAAUCUGCCAACGUAUAUCGAGGGAGUUUUCGAGAUUGGAAAGAUUCUUAGCCACGUUGCAAUUGGCGUGCUCACCGGUAACAUUUCCUUGUUGGUAGAUGACAUUGUAUCGUUCGCGUACUCUGCUAAGCAUUGCAAGGCCGAGUGCAAACGUCUAAGCGAGCAGGCCAAAAUUGCUCGUGACAGCGCCAAGGAAUUACUUAACAAAUUAGCCGAAACACCCAAGGAAAUUGAGGACAAGAGUUUCGCGUCAGCACUGAAAGCGUUUUCCAUAGUGUUGGAGGAUGCGCGUGCGGUUGUGAAACAGCAUGCGGAAGCAAAAUAUGGCCUAAAAAUUUUUUACGCCAGAAAAUUUGCGGCCGAAUUUCAAGACAUCGAAGACCGGUUGGAUCAAGCGUGUCAUCGGCUGAACUUUGCGAUUAGCAUCAGGCAUUUUGUGGAAAGUCAAGAAUUGGAAGAAGCACAUAAGACAUGGCACGAGGAGGAUAAGGUUGCCUUUGCAAAGUUGAACACCAUGGUAAAAGAAUCUUUGGAGGAGAUUCGGGGAUAUAAAAAAUCAACGAGCGCACCUUCGCAAUCGGUGCUGAGUGGCACCAGGAUUUCCUUAGCCGAAUUGUCGGACUUUAAACACCUCAAGACCGAUCGAUUGUUCACGGCCAUCUAUCACACGACGGAUUCCAACCGGAAACCAAAGGACGCCAAAGUGGUGAUUAAGGUCACGAUGGCUAGGGAGUCGGUGCCGGAGGAAGAGUCUAAGUUUGCGUUAGAGGUGGCGUACCUGCAAAAAUUGGCACCUUGCCCGAAUAUCAUUGAUCUCAUUGGGAUCACGUCGUUGAGAAAUAACAUGUCGUUGGUGUUGGAAUAUUGCGAGAACGGAGAUUUGCGAUCUUUCAUUGCCGCCGGGUCGUUGAAAGAUAAUUGGGGUAGAAAACGUCAAAUCUCUUUGGGCGUAGCUCUAGGUAUGGAGUUCCUUCAUAAGGCAGGCAUCUUACAUAAAUACAUAAAUAGUGCGAAUAUUUUGUUGGACGGUCACUUUCAAGCGAAGAUCACCAACUUCCGUAAGUCAAGAUGGACCAAUGGUGGUAGCUUGGGAUUGAUAGAUUCGUUUGAAGAGCAAAUUCGAUGGACCGCCCCAGAGCGCCUUGGUGAUGAUCCGGCGACAUUCACCGAGGAGUGUGAUGUGUUUUCAUAUGGCGUGGUAUUCUAUGAAAUCGUAACCGAGGAAUUUCCGUGGCAGGGAUUACAAUUGGAUCUCGUCUACAAAUAUCGAAGCGAAGAAGGAAGAAAGUUGACACUGUCACUUCACACUCCACCCGCCAUCUCGACCAUCUACACCAAUUGUACGAAGACGGCACCAAAACAACGAUUCACCACCAGUGAAAUAAUCGAACAUUUGGAAGCUAUCAGGCCGGAAGAGUUGGAAAACGUAACAACCUUUGAACCCAUACACGAGAAUAAUGGUGGGGCCCAUUUUGAAGUGAAUAAGAUGGUGAAGGAAGAGGAUGACAACCUGUUAAAAGUGGUGACAUCGCGCGACCUAUCACUCUCGGACAUCUCUGACGAGGAAGAUAUGGCGACAUCACCGCAAGAAAUAAUAAAGAUCGCCGAGAAUUAUCAUCAGAUACGUGAUUACGCUAGGGCACGUGUGGAAUUUGAAAAGGUUCAAGAAGAAUCCCCGCGUGCACUAUUCCGACUGGGUGAAUAUUAUUAUUAUGGGAGAGGAGUGAAUGUAGACGUUCAAAAGGCAGUGCAGUAUCUUGAGCGGGCCGUGGAAGGGGGAGAUGGUGAUGCGAUCGACAUGUUGGGAUAUAUGUACUUGAAAGGUCAAGGGUUACCCAAGGAUCGAAUCAAGGCGGUGAAAUUGUUCACGAUGGCAGUGGAAAAGGGUAUACCAUACGGAAUGUAUCAUUUAGGAGUAUGUUAUAACAAAGGAUGCGGGGGAUUGAAAAAGGAUGAGGAAGAAUCAAAGAGGUUAAUUUUGAAAGCAGCCAGUUUGGGUAAUAUGGAGGCCCAACAUUUUGCGCGCCAAAAGUCAUGGGAUUCAUCAUGGUAA